ACAAAGGACGUCUGCAGUGCAGUUUUCAUACGAAAGAGAAUCUGUUUUUUUCUGUAGAGUGUAGAGUUGUAUACGUCACCUUUUUCUUCUGUCGAGAUGAAGCAAUAAACUUCAACAAUUCUGCUACAAUUUUCUGCACCUUUGCUCUAAAGAUAGAAUUAACUUGAAAACUACUUUUUGUGUUUCUGAACAGUCAAAUAGAUAGGAAAAAGAAACAGCAAUGGAGCAGAAAAAUUCAGAAAAGAUGAAGUACAUCAGCCUUGUUACCCUGACUGUCCAAAACGCAGCUCUUGGGUUGAGUAUGCGGUAUGCCAGAACCCGUGUAGGAGAUAUGUUCCUCUCAUCAACAGCUGUCCUGAUGUCAGAGCUUGUAAAGUUGAUAUCCUGCCUUUGGCUAGUUUACCAUGAGGAAGGAAACUCAAUUUCAAAGCUCAAAGAAGCGGUGCACACCCAAAUCAUCAAGCAGCCUCUUGAUACAUUGAAAGUAUGUGUGCCAUCAAUGGUGUAUGUUGUUCAAAACAACUUGUUGUAUGUUGCUGCUUCUCAUCUUGAUGCUGCUACUUAUCAGGUGACCUAUCAGCUCAAAAUUCUUACCACUGCCCUCUUUACGGUUGCUAUAUUGAAGAGGCAGUUGAUAGCUACUCAGUGGACAGCGUUGGUUGUAUUGCUUGUCGGUGUCGCCAUGGUUCAACUGGCUCAGACUGAGCCGGAGAAAACGGACAAAACAGCCUCCUCUGGUCCUGAACAGCAUCGUUGGGUUGGCUUUGGUGCUGCUUUAGCUGCUUGUGUUCUGUCUGGAUUUGCGGGAAUGUAUUUCGAAAAAAUUCUCAAGGGAUCUAACGUCUCGGUGUGGAUGCGAAAUAUCCAGCUGAGGAUCUGGCUGAAGUUCACUGAUUGAUUGAUGGUUGAUGGACAUUUUUACAGACUUGAUCGACGCCAUCGCACGUUGUCUAGCACUUUCUAUGCCAGGAUGGCCAGCACAACACGAGGGGCAACCUGGAGCUGUACCAUCAGAGUUACUUGCGGGUCAGCGUCCUCUUCGCCUUUAUCACCAAUUUCCUAGAGUUCUACAUCGAGCUGGACGGCAACAACCAGGACGUCGAGUGCCUGCGGCUCCUGAACAAGAUCAUCGCCGACUUUGACGAGCUGCAGGGCGAGGAGCGAUUUCGCUCGGUUGACAACAUCAAAACGGUCGGCUCGACUUAAAUGGCUACCGUCGGUCUGAUGCCGGACAUGCGGAUCGACCAGGUAGAGACGGACGCCAACGUGACGGCCUCCUUCUAGCUGGCCAGAGUGGCCACCCUGGUAGGAUUCGUUUUCGUCAAGAAGGAGAAGCUGCUCUGCAUCAACGAGAACUCGUACAACAACUUCACCCUCAGUGUGGGCAUGAACAUCGGGCUGGUGGUGGCCGGCGUCAUUGGCACCCGCAAUCCGCAGUACUACAUCUGGGGCAACGCCAUCAACGUGACCAGUUGCAUGGAUUCCACCGCAUUGCCCAACCACACUCAGGUGACGGAAGAAGUGUGUCAAGUGCUGAGGCACCAGCGGUACGAGCUCCAGUGCCGUGGGCGGGGCAAAGUCAAGGGCAAAGGCGAGUUGACGAUGAUGACCUACUUCCUGCGGACAGCAAGCAGCCGGCCACUGUCCUGGUGGACGACAUCGCCAUGAUGACGAUGAAGCAGCCUAACCACCACAACAACUCGAAUCUCAUGGCUGCCAUGUAUAUGGCGGCGUCAUUACGCCUCUGGCCGUGGUCCACCAGCAGAUCCGCCAUCAGAAUCACCAGCAGCAAAUGGUUGGCGGGCCGCUGGUCCAGCUCAGACCGGUUGGCAGGAGCAACAGCGGCGAAAGCGGCAGCCGGGACAGGCGCAGUCCCAUGCACGACGCCCUCCACCCGAAAUUCCAUCCGCUCUUGGAAGAGAUAAUGGCCCCGCCUCUGAUUCCGCCACCUCCACCCAUUUUCACCUACCACGAAGUUCCUCGUUUCAUCAAGAAUCCUUACAUGCAGCAGUUGUGACAACAACAGCAGCAGCCGCCGGUCAUCAUUCCCAACAGCAUCCAGCCCAAUCCGCCGGUGCCUCGGCACAGCAGCACUCCGCCGUGCAGCAACGGCCGCGUCCACCACCACCAGCAACAACAACAACAACAGCAGCAAGCGCCACCCUUGUUUCAGCAGCAACAGCAACUGCAGAAUCUCAGUCCCAUCCGGAGUUGUUCAGAAACGGAAAGCGGAUCAUCUCUGGGCAUAGGUCUCUCCAUGCAGGGUCUCUCGUCAGGAAGUUGAUGGCUGGUUCGAUCCAACUGCAGAAAUCGCCCAGCGCUCCGCCACUCAAGAGGCAGCACCACGGAAGCGGUUGUGAUCAACAUUCCGGAAUUACGGGCCGUCCGGCUUUCGAAUUUUCGGCGCCUCCGUCACCCCCUCCGCACGGCACUUCGUCUGCGGGCAGCAGCGGGCGAGCCAUGGGCCUCAACCUGCGCCACCGGUCGGAUGAGGGUCUGUCCGGAAUCGGUUCGUCGAUGUGGCUUAUUUGACGCAAAUGCAUUCGUCGGCGGAUGACGUCAGCUCGGCUAACCGGAGUGAGCGAAGUGAGAGCGAGACGGAGAACAGCUGGUCCGACGAAAGUUACACCAAGACGGAAGCGGAAGUCGACCUGGACAGUACCGGAACGUCGCCCAAUUUCCGAAUUCCGUCACUCCUGCUGCUCAGCCUGGACAUAGAAAAGGCCUGGUCUCACAUGAACGCCACGGACGCAAUUCACGGACACCGGCCCGAAGUGGUGGCCCUAUCAACGCCCUCUAAGCCGACGGCCGGCAUGGCUUCCGCCGCAUCGACGACGGAAGCAAUUGAACUCUGAGCAGCUGCCGAUCCAUGAAGUCGGGGACCACUGUCGCCGAUUCCGACAUCAAGACCGAGCCUUGCUUGGCGGAAUCCUGCGCCAGUUUCGAGUUCGUCAACGGUGUCGACGAUGUAAGGCUGGAAAACUUCAACCUGGAACAGCGUACAAGUUCCGAGUAGCUGGUGUCAACUCGUGUGGACGAGGCUUGUGGAGUGAAGUUUCCGCUUUCAAAACAUGUCUCCCUGGAUUCCCUGGUGCUCCGUCAGCAAUAAAGAUUUCCAAAUAACCCGAAGGUGCACACCUGUCUUGGGAGCCACCUCAGAGUACGGCUGGAGAGGUAACAGAAUAUUCAGUCUAUUUGGCUGUCAAAGGAACUUCAGCUCAGUCUGUGAGCGGGCCUUCUCAGUUGGCAUUUGUUCGCGUCCAUUGCGGCCCUUCCUCGCAGUGUACCGUACCGAAUGCGUCGUUGUCGUCUGCCCACAUUGACACGACGACUAAACCAGCCAUUAUUUUCCGCAUUGCAGCCCGGAAUGAAAAGGGUUACGGACCGGCCACACAAGUCAAGUCAAGGAAUGGGAGGAUUGGGAGGGAGGAGGGCGUAAGAAAAAAAUGGGGACCCACGUUUCCUCUUUUCCCCCAUUCGUCCCAUUCUCCCUCUUCUCCCCGUUCUCGCGCUACCAAGAAACGGCGCCAUGCUGCGUUGCCAGAUCAGUCGGCUAAAGAAAACAUUCCCGAAAGAGCCAUAUACAGCUUAUAGACAUGUAGAUCUUAUGAUCAUUAAGAUAAUUUACUGAUAGAAAAAGAUGCUACAAUAGGUUUUGUAGUCUCUAGUAGGGUGUUAUCAAGGGUGUAGCAAUCUGAUAAUUAGAAAUUUGAUAGGUUAGAAAUAAAAGUCCAGGCUAUUAAUUGUAAAAUAAAAUAUACAGAGAAAAUUAACCGAAA